AUGUGGUUACCACAAGCGUUUGCUAGCCAUGGGUGCCUGGAACAGCUGCUGCUGAAAUGCUCCUCCCUGACCUCCCUCACUCUCCCUCCGCCGUUCUGUCCUCUCUCAUUUUCCAAUCCCCUCACCAGCCCUAAUUCCCUCACACCCCCUAGUUUCCUCACUCCUCCUGCUAGCACAGCCUCUCCCUCAGCUACCACGGGAACCACCACGACCAAGCAAACCGACCUCCACCGCUUGGCACUCCCCCUCUCUCUCCGCCAUCUGCACCUACAGUGCCCUUCAUUAAAGUCACUCCCGGACUCCAUCACCCUCCUCUCCUCCCUCACUCGCCUCAGCCUCGUCUCCUGCUCCUCCCUCCGUCUCCUCCCCCCCUCCAUCAGCAUUCUCUCUUCCCUCACCUCCCUCACUCUCGACAACAUCCCCCUCCUCUACUCCCUUCCUGACUCUCUCGCUUCCCUCUCCUCUCUCGCUUCCCUCCAACUCUCCGACCUCCCGUCCUGCACCGAAUUUCCAGACUCUAUUGGGGACCUCCACUCAUUACAAGAACUCUUCAUUAGUAACUUUGUUCAGCUACAGGAAUUGCCGUCGUCCCUCUCUGGCCUCUACUCCCUCCGCCGCCUCACCAUCACGGACUGCAAUGAUCUGAUUACGCUGCCCGAGAAUUUCGGUCAGCUUGAAAGUCUCGAGGAGCUAACCAUACAGCAAUGCCAUUUGCUGGAGCGCCUACCUGCUGCCUUCUCCUCCCUCUCCUCCCUCACCCAACUGACCAUCAACGACUGCAGCUCUCUCUCUCGCCUCCCAUCCGCGCUUGGCCUCCUCUCCUCUCUCAGAUCCCUCCAACUAUCCGACCUCGUCCUCCUCUCCUUUCUCCCCUCCUCACUCUCUCGCUUGAGCCACCUCACCCUCCUCUCUCUCCACCGUUGCGACUCUCUCUCGUGGUUUCCCCCCUCUCUCUUCCACCAGCCGUCCUUGGAGCAGCUAACAAUAACCAACAUGAAGCACCCUGUUCUCUCCUCCCUCCCCCCUGACUUCGGCCACCAUUUACCCUGUUUGAAGAAGCUCCGUUUAAUGGAGUACAAUAGCAUUAUGGAGAAUCAACCACGUCUCAAGGCGCUACCUCCCUCGCUCCCCCAGCUUGCCUCCCUUGAGUUCCUCUCCCUCGCCUCCUUCUCUUGCCUCUCUUUGCUUCCAGAAGACAUUUCCUCCCUCUCUUCCCUCCACACGCUAGAAAUUAAGAACUGUUCUUCACUCACGCAUCUCCCACCCUCACUCCCCUCCCUUCCCUCCCUCACUCUCCUCCACAUUGACGACUGCCCUUUCCUCUCCUCGCUCCCCUCCUCCCUCAGUUCCCUCUCCUCCUUGCAAGAGCUUAAGAUUCAUUGCAAGAGGCUUCUGUCUCUCCCUCACUCACUCCCCCUCCUUCCCUCCCUUCGCGUUUUCCACCUCAACUCGUGCCUCUUGCUCUCCUCCCUUCCUCCGAACUUCUCCCGCUUAACCUCCCUUCACACACUCUCUAUCUCAGACUGUCCCGUGCUGCACCACCUGCCGACCUCUCUCCCGCACCUCCCCUCUCUCCACACCCUCACUCUCUCCGGCACCGGCAUCACAGAGCUGCCCUUGGAGUGUGAUUCUGUGCUGGAUGGCAGUCACUCUGACCGUGAGAAGGGACCGGUGGGAGGGGUAGAAGGAGAAGAAACAGCAGCAGCAGCAGCAGCAGCAGCAGCAGCAGCAGCAGCAGCAGCAGCAGCAGCAGCAGCAGCAGCAGCAGCAGCAGCAGCAGCAGCAGCAGCAGCGGCGGCGGCAGCAGCAGCAGCAGAAGACAGGGAACAGGGGGCUAUCACAAGUGGGGCUGUCACAAGUAGCGAUGCCACGAGUAGGGAGGGUGUCAAAACUGGUUUGCCUGGAACUUUCACCACGGCACCGAUCCCCACAGCACCCAUCCCCAUAGCACCCAUCCCCACGACACCGAUCCCCACGACACCUCUCCCCACAGCACCUCUCCCCACAGCACCCAUCCCCACUUCACCCAGCAGUGGGGUGCUGCUGCGAUCGCUGCAACACCUAGUUCUCUCCAACAAUUCCCACCUCUCCCAGUUGCCUCCCUCCCUCACCCUCCUCCUCCACCUCUCCCAUCUCACUCUGCAAUCCCUCCCCCUCCUCUCCUCCCUCCCCUCACACAUGCACCACCUGCCCUCCCUUCAGGAACUCACACUUCAAGGUUGCCAUGCCAUUUCCUCCCUCCCCCCGACGCUCCUCCUCUUCCCGUCCCUCACACACCUUGAACUGAACGCCCUCAGUUCUCUCACCUCCAUCCCUUCCCCCCCUGUCCCUACAUCCUCCUCCCUGUCUCCCGAAUCCUCUUCCCCCUGCCAGUCCGCCACUCCACCCUCCUGCUCCUCCACGUCCCCCUCGCUCCCACCUCACAAUCCCCGUUCUUUCCCCUCCACGGGCUCUCGUUUCCCGAUUCGCUCCAUUGUUCUGCGCUUCCUGAAGCUGGUCUCGCUCCCCUCGUGCCUCCCACUGUUGCCCCAUCUCACUUCUCUCCACCUGUUCGAUCUGCAACAGCUGCGCUCGAUCCCGUCCUCCUAUCACACCGAUGCUGGUGCUGCUGGUGAUGAUGAUGUUAAUUAUAAUGAUGCUGCGUCUGAUGAUGAUGUUAAUGCUGCUGCGGGCAUGGAGCGAGGGGUGGGGGGUGAUGGUGCGGAUGAGGAGGAGAGUGACGGUUCUGAGAGUGGGGGAGAGAGUGGAGAUGAUGAAUCAGAAGAGGGGGGAAGUGAGAGAAGCAGGGAAGAUGAGGAGGCUGGAGGAUCAGAACUGAGGGGGGAUGGGCGAAGAGCACAACACGGGGGGUGCAUGGAGGAAGGAGAACAGGAAGAAGUUUUACCGGAGAGGGGGGCACAUGCCGAUCAUGAGUCCUCGGCGCUCCUCCUCCCCGCCUCAGCAAAUCCCGUUCACGACGGAAGCACCGCGACCGCAUUCGCGCAUAGGCGCGCGCUUUUGCCCGCCGCGUCCGCUUCCGCUGUUCCGCGCGCGACGCUGCUGCGGAGAUCGGACGCCGGUGUGAGCGGAGGCGGGUGCUACGGGGGCAGGAGUGUGCGCCCUGGCGGGCCAGGGGGUGUGAUCGCGCCGAUAAGCCGGGGAUCGUCGGCAUUUGCACGCCCCAUGGGCGGCAGUAGAAGCGGAAGGAUCGCCUCUGCUGCUCCUGGUAGGUGUCCCCAAAGCGGGAGCUUUAAACGGGAUGAAAUUAGUUCAAGGGAGUCUUCGCGGGUUAACAAUACCAGCGGUGGUAGCAGAGGACGUUCCUCCGUUACAGUCACAUGCUCUGCGGGAGGAUCGCCCUCGGUUGUAGCACCACCCGACACGUCAGAUUCACCCCCGCGGAUCUCGAUCCUCUUUGCCGCCGGCGGCACGGGCGGCCACGUGUACCCUGCCAUCGCCAUCGCGGACGCCGUCCGAUCCCGCGAUCCAACGGCCGAGAUCAACUUCGUCGGAACCAAGGAGAGAAUGGAAUGGACGGCUGUCCCGCGUGCAGGCUACACGAUCCAUCCAAUCCCAGCCGUCAGUAUCCGUCGGCCGCUCCUCACCACCCUCUCCAAUCUCCUCGUACCGUUCCGUUUCCUCCGCGCGUUCUGCGUUUGCCUCCUCUUAAUCUGGCGAUUAAAGCCCGAUAUCGUAGUAGGCACGGGAGGGUACGUAUCCGCGCCGACUUGUCUAGCCGCCGCUAUCUGUCGCAUACCUCUCGUGUUACAAGAGCAGAACGCUUUCGCGGGAAUCGCCAAUCGCCUGCUUGGCCGCUUCGCGAGCGUCGUUUUCGUCGCCUUCGCCGUUGCCCAGAGGUUCUUUCCAACCCGGCGCUGCCACGUGGCAGGGAACCCCACGCGCGCCGUACUGCGAUCCGUGAGGGAAGAGCGGGAAGAGAAGCGGGAAGAAGCGAUCAGGUACUUCUUUCCACAUGCCGCAGCAGCUGCUGCCGCUGCUGGUGCUGAUGGCGUUGCUGCUGGUGCAGCUGCAACAGGAACAGCAGGAGGAACGGUGGGAGGAGCAGCAGCAGGAGGAGCAGCAGGAGGAGUGGGGCGGAGAACACAGGUGGUGCUGGUGCUGGGGGGCUCGCUGGGAGCACAACCCAUCAACACAGCCGUCGCAGGCACGCUGCAGCAGCUACUUGAUGGGUCCGGCGGUGUGGAGUGCGGUGCUGAAGGGUUGGAUGGUGUGCACAAUGGUGGGGAGGUGUUGGUGAUAUGGCAGGCGGGAGCACGGCAUGUGGGGGAGAUGAGAGCUCUUCCUCUUGCGUCACAUCCCCGCGUUUCUCUCUUGCCGUUUGUGGAUCGCAUGGAGCUGGCAUAUGCAGCAGCAGAUGUGGUGGUGGCACGUGCCGGUGCUGUCACGUGCUCUGAGCUGCUCGCUACGGCCACGCCCUGCAUUUUGAUACCAUCACCACACGUAGCAGAGGAUCACCAAACCGUGAAUGCACAUGCCAUGGUGCAAGCAGGGGCGGCUGUGAUGCUGCCUCAGGACCAGCUCUCCCCAGAAUCUCUCCUCUCGGCUGUCACCUCGCUGCUUGCGGACAAAGCAAGGAGGGAGAAGAUGAAAGAGUGUGCAGCGGCUGCUGCCACUGCUGAUGCUGCUGACGUCAUGGCCCAGGAGGUGCUGCGACUGGCACAGCAGCAGCUGCACAGAAAAUCAAAGUCUAAAUUCACCUAG